AUGUCUGCAACAACUACUACUAAAGGAGGAGAAACAUUGUAUGUCCACGUUAAUGCUGAAUCGGACAAGGAAAUUGACUUUUUGUAUAAAAACGAAGAGGAAUUGAGCAAUGCCUUGAAGGCUGCUAUUCAAGAACAAGGUACACAAGUACCAAACUUGGAGGCUUCGGCAAAGUCUCACUAUGAAGCAAUUCUCAACAUUGUUUCACCAAAUCACUCUAAGAAGGCUAAGGAAUUGGCUUGCCAAUUCAUUCCGAAAUAUGCUGCUAACUUCCCAAGCCUUUCAUCAGAAAGUAUGUCAAAGCAAUUGGAUUUGUGUGAAGAAGAGGACAAGUCGAUCAGAAUUAAUGCUACCAAAGGAUUACCAAAGUUGUGCAUCAACAACACUGUAAAUAUUUCUCAAGUAACCAGUAUUCUUACACAACUUCUCAAAGAGGAAGAUCCUGUUGAAGCUAAGGUAGUUAGACAAAGCUUGAAUGAACUUAUGGAUAUUGAUCCAAAGGAAACAUUUAAAUCACUUUUGGAUCUUGUUGCUACACCAGCUGUUCAAGAUAGUCCAAAGGAAACUGAACUUCUCAGAGAAAAGACUGUUGAAUUCAUCUCUGAAAUCAUGUUCAAGAAACGUAAAGCCAUUCAAGCAAAACUUUCUGGAGAAGACACUGAAAAGGAAAUUAUUACAGUUAUUGAAAAGAUUUUGAGACUCUUCGCUUCAUCAUCCUUCUCAAACAAGGAAAAGGAAGCUGAGCAUAUGAGACUCUUCCUUUCCCUCGUUGCUCGUUUGAAGUCAUACGAAAAGGAUUCUUUCAAGUUUAUGCAAUUCCUUAGAAAUCACAUUCCAGUCGAUUUGACCAAGCCACUCGAUCUUGCUGAUGAAGAAGAUAGAUGGAAAUUGAGAAAAUUGAUCAGCUUUUUGAGAGCUGCCAAGAAGGGUAUGGUUCACUUGAAGGAUAAUGCUCCAUACUUCUCCUAUUUGAUGAAUCAAAUCUUCCCAUCACUCAAUAAUUUGAAUACCAGUGUUCCAGAAGAAGAUAAAUUGAGAGUUGAUACCCUCAAGGCUAUUACUGAAAUUGCUCUCUUCACUUCUGAAAAUCACUCUAGAGCUAUUUUACCACUCAUUUAUCAAACUUUGAAGAAUGAAAUUCCAGAAAAGGAUGCCGCUAAUCCAAAACUUAAUCUUACCAACAUUGAAUGCUUCCUCUUCAUCUUCCAUCAACUUGCUUUCAAGGCACAAGGAUCCCUCAAUGAAAUCUGUGGUAUUAAGAUUAUCACUGGUCAACCAACUGAUAACUAUGGCGAUUUCAAGCAAUUGAGACAAGAUAUGCUUCAAAGAUUGGGUAACCUUGAGGCCGCUGUUUCUCCAUACGUUCCAAGACUUGAAGAAUCAAUCAAGGUCUUGAAGGCUGAAAAGAAGGAAGAAAACAAGGAAAAGGUUAGAAUGGAAACCCAAAUCUUGAACUGUGCCAAGAAUAUCUUGGAGCUUACUCGUGCUCUCAAGAAGAAUCGCCCAGAUUUCAUCUCUACACUCACCACUAAACCAAGUUGGAUUACCUAUAGAAAGAAGGUUAAGAAUACCAAGAGAAAGGACCGUGAUGGAAAGGAUAACAAUCAAGGAAAGAAUAAGGUCCAAAAGAGAGACAAUAACCAAAAUAAGAAUAAUCAAAGAAGAAUUGAUAGCAGUAGUAAUAAUAGAGAUAGUGGUAGUAAUAAUAGAGGAGGUCGUGGAAGAGGACGUGGAGGUAACUCAAAUCGUGGUGGUAGAAGAUUCUAAGAUCAUUAUAAAUUCUUAAUUUGUGAUCUACCAUUCAAUCCAAUUUAAUUUUAUUGAUACACAAGAUGGUUAUUUGAAGAAUGCUAUAAGAUGAUUAUUGCACAACAAGAUUUUUAGAAUAACCAUGAUUGGGAAUUCACUAUUUAUUCACAUCAAUUUUGUAGUGCAUUCUACAAUAGUCCGAGAAGGUUCGCCACACACAAUGCUCCUUCAAAUCAGGCGCAGCAUAGCUAUUCUUUUUUGCACUCUCCAAACACUUGUUGAGAUAAUCAGAGAAGAAUUGCACCAUCUUUUUAACACUCAGCUUGUGCACUAUUAAAUUUGAAUUCAUGAUACCUCCUAGGUGAAACAUUCGAGCAUCUACAAUUCUGGUAGUAUUAGAGUCUUCUUUUUGCAAAUAUCUGGUACCCAUCAUUACUACCUUACGGGCACCUUCUUCCUCGUCCUUAUUGAGAUAUGAGCAGGUCUUGUAGAGUUGAGUAACUUCGACAAGCUCAUUAUUUGUUGUAAAGGUUCCUUUUGCUGAAAUGACAUUUUCCAAACAUCUUUUUCUGAAAAGAGAUCCAAAAUCUAUCGUGCAUGAUUGGAUAACUGUUGAAUACUUGUUGGACGAGGAAUUCAAAUCAAUCUCCCUAUAGUCAUAGUACUUUCCAGUUACUAGUAAGCCAUAUUGAUCCCCGUGAGCUUCAUUGGCCAACAAUGCUCGAGCCACUACUUCUAUUGGCUGAUUAACUCGUGUAAUAUAUUUUUGUAAUUUCAUUCCU